UUCCAGAAAAGUUCGGUGGCGUUAGCUCACCGCUUCAAGUCACCUUUUACCAGCGAGAAGAGACGUUUUCGAUGUUUAAAGACGAGCUGCGUUUGAGACAGCUUCUGGGGACAACAGUGCCUCUUCUCUCCGAGCUUCGGGGGAGGAAUCUAAACUACCUCCCUCACACUUGUGGGACUUCCAGGACGCGGGGAAAUGAUGUUGGUUAGCUGAAGUUUGUGUUUACUGAUGUUGUGGUGGCUAACUAGUUAGCUCGGUUAGCUUGUUAGCGUGAAAGCUGCGCGUUGCGACCCUUUCGCAACUAUCUUUAAUUGUCAAUGUUAGCUGGAAUAUAAGCACAUUGGUUCUUGCAUUCUAAAAUAACAGUUCAUCUUGGGUUGUUGAAGUUUAAACAUAUAAACGGUUCGCUUAUAAGUGGUGAAAGCGCUCAAACUGACUUUAAAAAUCUGCUGCGAGCUUUCAAACGCCUUCACUGGAUACCCACAUUGUGGAUACGGAUGAAAUAUAGGGGUCAGAACGGUCUACCUGCCACCUGCCUCCCUCCGUGUCGGACUUAGUUCGUCGUCCUGGUCCGCUAUGACCCCCUUGUUCAUCAAGUAAAAACCCCGUGGAGAGAGAGCGCAGACCUCCAACCAUGGGAGGAUGUGUGGGGAGAUACUGGGAAGACUCGCAUAACCGAGGGUCGGCCAGGAACGGUGGACGAGGAGGACGGAACGAGCCGCUGAAAAAAGACCGUCCCAAGUGGAAGAGCGACUACCCAAUGACGGAGGGACAGCUGAGGAGCAAGCGAGACGAGUUCUGGGACACGGCACCGGCGUUUGAGGGCCGGAAGGAGAUCUGGGACGCCCUGAAAGCCGCCGCCGUGGCCCUGGAGUGCAACGACCACGAGCUGGCCCAGGCUAUAGUGGACGGAGCCAACAUCACUCUGCCGCACGGGACUCUGACUGAAUGUUACGACGAACUGGGUAAUCGCUACCAACUGCCAGUCUACUGCCUAGCGCCCCCUGUCAACCUCAUCUCAGAAUGCAGCGAUGAGGACCGCAGUGACAGCCCUGAACCCUCCGUAGCAUCUAAAAAAGAAUUUCAACUCAAGGUACGACUGUCCACAGGAAAGGACGUGCGCUUCAACGCCAGUAUGGCCGACACCAUCGGGCAGCUGAAGAAGCAGCUGCAGGCCCAAGAGGACAUCGACGUGCUGCAGCAGCGCUGGUUCUUUUCUGGCAAGUUGCUGACGGACAAGACGCGCCUGCUGGACACCAAGAUCCAGAAGGACUUCGUCAUCCAGGUCAUCGUCAACGCACAGGCGUCGGGAGCCUCCAAACCGUCUCCCAUAACCACUCCCUCUUCGCCCAAGUCCCAGUGAUUGCAGCAGGUUGGAGCAGAGGUACCGCCCAAUGACCAUGCUGCAUUUGACAGAAAACACAAUUUUGGAGGCUUAAACUAAUAAGGGGAAUAAAGAAGUGCUGCUUACUUUUUAACAUUUCUGGUUUGUGUUUAUUUGGAGGAGCAGAUUGCCGAGUCUGGACAUCCUCACUGUCUCUGAACCACUUUCAAACGGAAGUGGAGCUCAUCGUGCUGGCGGAAACGCCGCCCUUUGCCACUGCAUGCACAGACUUUUCAUCUGUAACGUGGAGUUCCAACAGAUGAAACGCAGAGGGGUUCCUGUUGGAUUAAAUCACACAGACACUUAGCAGCUCUGGUGGAGUGUACGAUGCAACACAUUUCUUUUACUGACAAAAUACUAACUGAGCUGUUUUGCACAAUUAAAGGUUCUUACUAUAUACUUCUGCGGUAGAUUGUGUGCCUUCAAGAUUUUAAAAAAGGGUUAAUAUAAAGGAUGAGAGACUUCCUGCUAUCGGCUGAACCCUGUGUAUCUUUUUAGAUUCAAAUCAAUCAUGAAUUGCUGUCACUGCUGCCUUUAUUAUGCUGUCUUAUAAUGGGUGUGUAUGUGUUAAUGCAGGAAAAACAAUCUGAUAAAAUCCAGUUUUCUGCCUUACAGGCGGCUUCAUGGCCACUAGGAGGAGCCACACUGCCCCUUUCUGUUCUGUUUUAUUGUUUUAUGGAUUCCCCCCCCCUCUCUCUCUCUCCAGCUGAUGAUUGUAAUUACUUCAUAUUCCCUGAAACUAUAGAGGAAAAUUCCCUUCACCAGCGUACAAAGGACUGUACGUGGAGUAGUGAGUCAAAGCUAUGACCCAAAACCCAGAUUCAGACAUUCAGAGGUUGAUUGAACGCUCCCCCUAGUGGUGGCAUGUUGUAUUGAAAAUGGUGAAAUAAUGGUCCACCAAUAAACAGUGGAAAGGAAACGAAUUGUUCGGUUUAAGCUUUUGAAUGCUUUGUGUAAAAAUGGUGAGAUGGGUGGGCUUCGUUUUCUCUCACCGUUCCAGUUGCUCACUUCUCCUGACCGUCUCAUUACGGUACUUGUAUCAUUUCAGUCAUUUUAAAUACCAGCGCUUCUAACAGGGAUACUCCACCGCAAAUGUCGCAGACUUGAACAAGAAGUUUUUUUUUUUUUCCCUAUAUGUGCAAUACAACAAACCUCGCAUUGUUUUCGUUUCUAAAGCAACAGAGUUAUGUGAAAGUAGAGUCCAGGCCAGCUGCGAUCUGAUAAUCAGGACCAGCACCCCGCCUAGUGGCUGCAAAUGGUUAUUUUUCUACGAAAUGUAGUCAUGCCUCUCUUCUUCAAACAAUCAGAGCACAGCCUGAAAGACGGGCCUUCGCUUAUCAGUGAAUCCUGUCCGUCUUAGCUGUGAAGGAACCUCUUAGUUUCAGGGUGAGUUCAUUUUUUGAACCGCCAUCUUUGCUGAGUUGAGCCCCGACUAGAAAGUCGGUGUUUGAUCCUUUUUUUCCCCCAGACGUUUGUCGUUGUAUUUUUGUCUUUUGUGAAACUUAAAGGGAUUCAGAAAUGAUUCAAGAGCUACAAAGAACCUCAAAAAGAAACCCUUAGUUUUAUGGGUCCAGUAAAGCACACAUGCAGUAACCACUUGAUCUCAAAGAAUUUUUAACUCGCAACUUUAAACGGCUCCCGAAUUGUUCGCCCCUUUGUGUUCCAACAUUUUUCUAUUUAGCACUUGUAAACGAAUCAUUCGGUGCCUCCCCAUAGCAUUUAUUUCUCUUGGUGGUCAAGAAACCAACCACAUUAUAUUAUAUUUUGAAGGGACAAGACUUUGCGUUUACCCUCUGCGUUAACCCUCCCGCGAUCUUAUGUUCAGGAGGAGCGGGAGCGGCUGUUCUUAUUAGAAAGCGGGAAAGCGGGGCUCUUGUAACAGCGCACGUGAGCUGAGUGCGACCGGACUGUUCACAGGGUAAAAAGCUCGCGCGCGGGAGGGUUAAAUUGUUUUACAAACGUCCAAUUCCAAUUACAAAAUUAACACCUAGUCGAUAGGAAAUCUGGGUUGAACGUUACUUUGAGCACAAAAUGGCAGAAUGAGCAGCUGCCAUUUAACCUGGAAUGUUUUCCUCGGCAGCCUUAAUGCAGUUCACUCGCGCCCAGCCAUGGUUCAAACGGUAAACACGCUUUUCGCUUUGUCGACGCUUUUAGAAAAGAAAUUGAAUAUUUUUAUAGGAUCUUAAAAUUACAACUUCAGGUAACAAAAGAACUUUUUUGUUUUGUUAAAGGGUAUGUUUACCUCGUUUUAAAACCUGAUGGAUCUGAUUUUCAUUAUUUCUUCACGUGCACUCAGUAAUGUAAAGCCAUGCAAGUAAAAAAAAAUUCCUUCCUGUAUGUUGGACAAGUUUCAACUUUCUCCUUUAGCAUAUCCUCCAGGAUGGAAGUCAUAGCCAAGGUUUGCUUCUUUUACCGUCUCAUUUUUGGUCCUUCUUGGGCACUUUCUCAGUCAUGUGAGCUUCUUGUAAAACAUAGUACAACAAAUGUGUGUUUAUAGUUUCCAAAGCUGUGAAUUUGUCCCACUUGAUUGAUUUUCACCUGUAUUUGGUUGCUUGUUUGCAAAAAUUUUUUAAAAUGCUUUGCGUUUGUAGCGAUCAUUUGUCUAAGAUGUUAAUUUUUCAGGAGAGGUUCA